CAAGAAGAAGAGGACCACAUCGAAGUCGGAAGAACGACUUUACAAUUUAGGAAAUAGAACAAUCCGAGGAGCACGUGCAUGUAACAUUGAAAUUUCUAGAUAAGAACGUGUUUUGUUUAACUUUUACUGCUUGGAGGUAGGGAAAUACAAGUUACGACCUCGAGUCGAACGCAGCAUUACGUGCCUGUGUAAGGCCGUGUUCCAAAUGACUGCCUUGUUUAAAUUCACUGCAAAAAUGUACGAAGUAAUGGGGUAUCUGUCCCAUAUAGUGCACUGUUUAUCUGUUUAGAAGUCGUUUGGAAAGGGUCAGCUUUGAAACGUCGCCGCUAGUUCCAGCUAAUCUAGCUAACACGUGAAUUUGGCACCGGAUUUUUGACUACGAAUUACAUUUGACGAAUUUUGUCGUGAAACGUUAUUACUUUAUAUUUGGUCAAAUGAGGACUUGCUGUUGGAGUUUUCAGCCUUACGCGAUGCUUUUUAUCAACCACUUGCUUGUAUUAUAGUGUUCUACCAAAGGCGGAAUUCACCACGCUAGUUAGCUAGCUAAGUUUAGUUGGACAGCAUCACACAGACCAUGGACACUUAUGAAGAAGAUGCCGUGCAGCUUCAUGGAGACGAGGAGAUCAUCGAAGUUAUUGACUUGAAUGAUACAGAACAGACAUCCACAGAUGAUCUUGUGGAGGAAUUGGAAGAUGUGGAUUUCGCCGAAGCUGAAGGACCUGCAGAUGAUGGUGCCUGGGAGACUGAGGAUGAGAUGGAGGCAGAGCAGGAUGACAGUGAUCUCACGUUCAUCAAACACACCGGUUCUGUGUUCUGCAUCAGUUUGGACCUAGUAACAAACAACCUAGCCAUCACAGGUGGUGAGGAUGACAAAGCUUAUGUAUGGAAGGUCAACAAUGGAGAGGUGGUGUUUGAAUGUACAGGCCAUAAGGACUCUGUUACAUGUGCAACAUUCAGCCAUGACUCAAAGCUAGUGGCAUCUGGGGACAUGAGUGGUCUGAUUAAAGUGUGGAAAGUUGAAGCCAAAGAGGAGAUCUGGUCUUUUGAAGUAGGAGAUCUAGAGUGGUUGCAGUGGCACCCCUGUGCACCGGUGUUGCUUGCAGGUACUGCUGAUGGCAAUAUGUGGAUGUGGAAGAUACCAAGUGGAGAAUGCAAGACCUUCCAAGGACCCAACUGUCAGGCAACAAGUGGAAAAAUCCUUCCUGAUGGAAAAAGAGCAAUGGUGGGUUAUGAGGAUGGGACCCUGCGUCUGUGGGACCUUAAGCAAGGCAGUGCAAUCCAUGUCAUUAAAGGUUAUGAUGGCCACCAGGGGCCACUGACAUCCAUGGAGUGCAGCAAGGAUGGAACUCUGGUUCUCACAGGAUCAACUGAUGGACGGGCUAAACUCAUUAACACGUCAACAGGCAAGGUACUUGGCUCAUUCUCAGUUGAGAACAGUGAGGAGAAAAACACGAUGGAUGAGCAGGAUUCCAUCUCUGUGGAGUCUGUAGGAUUUUGUAACGUGCUGCCCCUGAUUGCUGUGGCAUAUCUGGAUGGCACUCUGGCCAUAUAUGACUUGACCACACAGAGCCUUAGGCAUAGGUGCAAACAUGAGGUAGGGAUUGUCCAUCUUCAGUGGGAGCAGGCCUCAGCGGUCGUGGCUACCUGUAAUCUGGGUGGAGUUGUGACUUUGUGGGAUGCUCGCUCAGGAAACAUGGUGGCCGAAUACCGUGGUCACACAGCAGAGAUCCUGGACUUCAAACUCAACCGAGAUGCUUCCAUGGCUGUGACAGCAGGUGGAGACCACAAAGCCAAAGUCUUCUGUCUCCAGAGGCCUGAGCGAUAGGACAAGAGUGACUCUCCCCAUGGAGCAAAACAACCAUUUAGACCUGUUUUUACAUCCUCAAAGAAUAAUCAUGCUCUCUGUUUUACUAACUGAAUCUAGCUGCUUCUCAGUUCUACAGAGAUUAGUGUUUUUACACAGUUAAGUGUAAUUUGGUAAUCACCACAACUGCAACUUACUUACAAAUGUGUUUGGACUGGACUGGCUUCCAAAGGUUAAGAUCUCUUGAUGACUCAAUUAGAAUUGCUUCAUUUAUGUGUAAUCUGUAAUGUAUAUUGGCAUUGCAUUUGAAUUAUAGGUGAAUAAAUCUGAUAAUUUUACCAUUUUGCAAGACAAAGUGAAAAUCAACACGAGUUUCUUGAUUUACUGCCCCCCCCCCUUUUUUAAAUAAACUCAUGAUCCCUGAAUUAUUUGACCUACUUAAGAUGA